CUCUUUUCUUCUCCUCUCCUCUCUGUUCUGGCACCUUCCCUGGACCACCAGACCAAAAACAUGACAUGAACAUGCCUCCUAAAAUCACUGCCCAGCCAGAGUCGAUCACUGCCUUCUCCUCCGACAUCACUCUCACCUGCGAGGCUUCUGGGAACCCCAAGCCCAUCUUCCGCUGGCAGAAGGACGGCCGUGAGUUCGACCCGUCCAGUGACCCGGACUUCAAGGUGACGCCGGGCACGGGGACCUUCUCGGUGAUUGCGGAGGACAAGCCCAUCAGCGGCUACAGCGGCCGCUACGUCUGCUUCGCCGCCAAUGAGCUGGGCACCGCCGUCUCCAACCAGGUCCAGAUCACCACAGAGAACCCCCCCACCAUGGGCAAGGAGAAGAAGGUGCUGAAGAUGAAGGUGGACCAGGGGGACAAGGUGGUGCUGGAGUGCAACCCCCCCGCCAGCAUCCUGCCCCCCAACAUACACUGGAUGGACAGGACUCUGCAUCACUUUGAGACGAAUCAGCGUGUGGUUCAGGGCCUGGACGGCAACCUGUACUUCUCCAACACCAAGGUGGGCGACAGCCGCGACGACUACACCUGCAACAUGCACUACCUGAGCGCUCGCACCAUGUUCUCCAAGGAGCCCAUCACCCUCGUCGUCUCUGAUACGGUGGCCCGUAAGCGUCGUCCCCAGAUGCUGAGGCCGACCGGCUCCCGUAGCUCCUACCACGUGCUGAGGGGACAGACGCUGCAGCUGGAGUGCAUCGUACAGGGCCUGCCGACGCCGUCGGUGCGCUGGGUGAAGAAGGACAGCGUGAUGUCAGAGACGCGCGUGACAAGGCGUAACAGCAACACGCUGCUGCACCUGAGCGACGUGCAGAAGGCCGACGAGGGCCAGUACCAGUGCACCGCCAACAACUCACAAGGCACCGUCACGCACGUCUACAACGUAGUGGUGGAGGCGGCCCCCUACUGGCGUGUGAAGCCGGUGAGUCAGCUGUAUGCCCCCGGCGAGGACGUCAAGCUGGACUGCGAGGCCGACGGCAUCCCCACACCACAGGUCUCAUGGAGCAUGAACGGAAGCCCACUACCAGAGGUGGACCCUGACCCUCGGCGUAUUGUGAAGGCCGGCGUGCUGCUGCUUAAGAACGUGGACUUCUACGACACGGCCGUCUUCCAGUGCAAGGCCACCAAUAAGCAUGGGAGCAUCGUGGUCAACACAUACGUCUAUGUUAUCGAGCUGCCUCCACAGAUCCUGACCCCCACUGGCCAGACGUACAGAGUGGUCGAGGGUGGACUCACCAGUCUAGAGUGCAGGAGCUUCGGGUCACCCAUGCCUCAGGUGUCAUGGGAGAGCGAGGACCAGACCUCCGUGAUGUCAUCGUCUCGAGUCUCACAACUGAUUGGUGGAGCUCUGCACAUCACAAACGUCACCCAUGACGACGGCGGGCUCUACACAUGCUCAGUGACCAGUGCCAAUGCCUCCAUCACCGCGGAGCUGGAUGUAUUUGACAAGACGGUGAUUACGCUGCCCCCCUCUGAGCUGCGUGUGCAGCGGGGCAACGUGAGUGUGUUCACCUGCGUGGCUCAGGUGGAUCGCCGCCUGGAGUACGAGCUGCAGUGGAGGAAGGAUGGAGCGAAGCUGGACGACUCCGCAGAGGACGACAAGUACACCUUCGAGGGUCCAGAGCUGAGGGUGGCGGAUGUGCAGGAUGAGGACCAGGGCGUCUACACCUGUGAUGUCAUCACCGUGCUGGAUAACGCAGAGGCCAGCGGAUCCAUCACCAUCGUCGAUGUUCCAGACCCCCCUAAUCAGCCCCAGGUCACCAACAAAAAGGACCGCAGUGUCACUCUCACCUGGUCACCAGGGGAGGACAACAACAGCCCCAUCACAGGUUACAUCGUUGAGGUGGAGGUGACGGGCGUGGAGACGGAUGAUUGGAUGGAGUGGAGGCGUAUCGUUGGUAACGAGCAGCAGGCCGUGCUCUCGCUGCGACCUUUCCUCUCCUACCGCUUCCGGGUCAUCGCCAUUAACGACGUGGGCAUGAGCAGACCCAGCCAGGCAUCGGACCCACACUCCACCCUCGCAGCACCACCGGACAGCAACCCAGUGGGAGUGAAGAGCGAAUCAGUGGACCCUGAUCAACUGGUGAUCACAUGGGAUGAGAUGGACCAGCAGAGCUUCAACGGUCCUGCGUUCCAGUACAAGGUGAUGUGGAGGCGGGUGGUGGGCGCCGGCCCCGCCUGGAGCUCCAACUUCAGCAGCUCUCCUCCGUACGUGGUGACGGGCGUGGGCAACUUCACCGCCUUCGACAUCAAGGUACAGGCCGUCAACGAGCUCGGCCUGGCCCCCGAUCCUGUGCCCGCCAUUGGCUACUCUGGGGAAGAUGUACCUCUGGCGCCCCCUAUGGACCCGGCGGUGGAAGUGCUCAACAGCACGGCGAUCAAGGUCAAAUGGUUCCCCAUCGCCAUGGAAACUGUCAGGGGACACCUGCUGGGAUACAAGAUCCACCUGUGGCACAUAGGCCCCAUGAACGUGCCACACCACCACAAGGACCCGGGCCAGCACGUGCACCACCAGCCCCCCGGCAUCACCCUCUCCACGGGGCCCACGGAGACCCACAAGGUGGUGGCGGACCUCCAGCCCUACUCCAAAUACGUGCUCAGGGCCACCGUCUUCAACAGCAAGGGAGAGGGGGUGGGCUCCGAACCGCUCCUCAUCCACAUGCCCGAGGGAGUCCCCAGUCCUCCUGCGGAUCUGGAGCUUGUGAGCCCGUCUGAGACGGAGAUGACUCUGCACUGGAAGCCUCCUGCUCAGCCCAACGGACUCCUCACUGGAUACCUCGUGCAGUACCAACAGAUCUCUGAGACGGACUACAGUCCUGUGCAGGUGGUCUCCAUAGAGAACCCCAAGAUCACCAACAUGACCAUCAACCGUCUGGACCCCCGCAGCCGCUACCGCUUCCACGUCCGGGGCCGCACCAGCAAGGGGGAGGGCAAGCCCAUCACCAAGGAGGGCGCUACCAUGCUGGACGGAUCUCCUCCUGCGUUCAUCAACGUGUCAGUGGGGGAGACGCUGCUGAACCUCAGCUGGGCCUCACAGGAGAGACAGAGGAGCGUCGGCUUCUACCUCGAGUACCUCAGGAAAGGCGGCUGGGGCAAGUGGGUGAGGUCUGAGAAGCUGGACUCCUCGCUGUCCUUCUACCAGCUCCAGGGGCUGCAGCCGGGCUCUGAGUACCGCCUCAGGGCCACCUACAACAACACCUCCUUCUGGGACACCGAGGUCCACACCGAGGGAGCAGGUGUGAUGCAGGUGCAGGCGGGCUUCGCUACGGAGGGCUGGUUCAUCGGGCUGGUCAGCGCUGUGGCCCUGCUGGUCCUGCUGCUCCUCAUCCUCUGCUUCAUACGCAGGAGCAAAGGAGGAAAAUACUCAGUCAAAGAUAAAGAGGAAGGUCACAUAGACUCUGAAGCUCGGCCCAUGAAGGAUGAGACAUUUGGAGAAUACAGAAGUGACAACGACGACAAGCACACGGCCAGCCAGCCGUCGCUGUGUGACGACAGCAAGCUGUGCAGCGAGGACGGCUUGGGCCUGGGUGACUACGGCAACAGCCACAGCCACAGCGUCCAGACCGAGGUGAUCAUGGACGAGUCCCUGGCCAGCCAGUACAGCGCCGCCACCAACGCAACCGGGAACGGAAACGGAACCGGUGUUGGUGGCAAUGGCAACGGCAUCGGCGGUGUCGGUCUUGGUCUCGGUGUCGGUGGUGUUGGCGGCAUCAUCAUGCGAGACGGCGGGUGCGGUCCCGAGUCCUUGGAGGCUCCAAGCGGCGAUGUGUCGCCACCCCCGCUCCAGCCCCCGCCCUACAGCCCCUCGCCUGCCUUCUCUUAGACUAGAGUAGAGUAGAGUAGAGUAGCACGGUUCAAGGGACAGUGAAUGUGUGUGAAUGCGAGUGUGUGUGUGAGUGUGUUUGUCGAUGUGGAUGGGUGGUUGUUAAUUGAUGUGUGUGUGUGCGUGUGUGUAGGACCAGACCAAACAUGAGAUCCCAUUUGUGCCCGUGUAGUGCCAUGCCAUGCAGAUUACCAACAUUGUCCAUGUGAGCCCAUUCAUUCCAUCUGCUGUAAGCAUGCGUACUGGGGACCAGUACUAACCAGGACCCUGUUUCUCGACUUAGUUAGUUGCUUAUGGGAAAUUGCAUUGCAACCAAGUAACUGCAACACUGUCGAGAAACGGGGCCUAGUGCCAGGCCCAGUGCAUGCGCUAAUUCACCUGAUGCCAAGUUGGUGGCAGAUUAACUAGCUGCGACCAAUUUAUGUAACAUACUGCAACUGACUGCUACAUUACUGUGACUGACUGUAUUUUAUACUGUUAAGUAACACCACCUGACUGUAUCUAACGCUCUAAUGGA